UUAAAAAAAAGCCCACAUUGACUGAGUUAACAGAAGAUUAUGUUGUAAGUUUAACCUUUAAAAAAUUAAUUCAACGUCGUAAGGGUUUUCUUACCCUCUCUGUUUCUAAUUCAAAGCUUUUCCUAUUUGAUCUUCGUCUGAUUUCUGAUUCCAUCUUUUAUCAAAGGGUUUCAUAUAGCCUAUUCUUUUCAAAUAGCUAGGAUUCGUAAAAAGCCAUAUUCAACUGAUUCUGCUGGUGUUUGAAGAUCGAUCUACCUUUGUAGCCUGCUUGAUUUUGCGAAGUAUAUACCCAUGAUACCCAGUUCGAAAUUCGAAGGUGGGGUAGGUAACUCUUUGAAGACUUGGGUCUCUGAUAGGUUAAUGUCAUUGCUGGGAUACUCCCAGCCUACGCUUGUUGAGUAUGCCAUUGGACUAGCUAAGCAAGCAGCAUCACCUGCUGAUGUACUAGGCAAGCUAGAGGAAUAUGGCUUGCCAUCCACAAGUGAUGUUCGUUCAUUUGCUCAAGAAAUCUUUGGUAGAGUUCCUCGUAAAGCAUCGGGUGAAAAUCUUUACCAGAAACAAGAAAGGGAAGCUGCUAUGUUUGCUCGGAAGCAAAAGACUUAUGCAAUUUUAGAUGCUGAUGAUGAUGAAGAUGAUGCCAGUAUCAGUUCCAGUGUUCAUCACCAGUCUUCCAGUGAGCUUGCUCCUGCUUCUGAGACUGGAAAAGGAGAUAAGCAUAAGAAACGAUUCAGAAAGAAGAUUGAAAGUGAAGAAGAUGAAGAUGAUGAGGAGAUCAAACGAGUAGAAGAAGAGAGACGACUUAAAAGACGGACAUUGCAAGAUGAGGAUGAUGGUUCAGAGUCAGAAGAAGAAAGGUUGCGUGACCAAAGAGAGAAGGAGGAUUUAGAGAGAAAUAUAAGAGAACGUGAUGCUGCAUCAACUAGGAAGUUAAUGGAGCCAAAGCUUUCCCGAAAGGAGGAAGAGGAGGCCAUACGAAGAUCUAAAGCUUUGGAGCAAGAUGACAUUAAUAGUUUAAGGAAAGUUUCAAGACAAGAGUACUUGAAAAAGAGGGAGCAAAAGAAGCUUGAGGAGCUCAGGGAUGAUAUAGAAGAUGAGCAAUACCUUUUUGAUGGUGUGAAGCUUACUGAAGCAGAAUAUCUUGAAUUAAGGUACAAGAAGGAAAUAUAUGAGCUUGUAAAGAAGCGGUCUGAGGAGGAAGAUAAUAUUGGUGAGUACAAAAUGCCAGAAGCUUAUGAUCAAGAGGGGGUUGUUGACCAGGAAAAGAGAUUUGCUGUGGCUCUUCAGCGUUACAGAGACCCUACUGCUGGGGAUAAAAUGAAUCCAUUUGCAGAACAAGAGGCAUGGGAAGAGCAUCAAAUUGGCAAGGCCACAUUGAAAUUUGGCUCAAAAAAUAAAAAGCAAACGUUUGAUGACUAUCAAUUUGUGUUUGAGGACCAGAUUGAGUUUAUUAAGGCAUCAGUGAUGGAUGGUGACAAGUUUGAUAACGAGUUAUCAACUGAUUCACCUGAGACAUCCAAGGCAAAAUCAGAAUUGGAGAAACUACAGGAGGACAGAAAAAUGUUACCAAUUUAUCCAUAUCGAGAUGAUCUACUUCAAGCUGUUGAAGAUUAUCAGGUUCUUGUUAUUGUGGGAGAAACUGGUUCAGGAAAGACCACACAGAUACCACAAUAUCUUCAUGAAGCUGGCUACACAAAACGUGGCAAGGUGGGUUGUACACAGCCUCGACGAGUUGCUGCUAUGAGUGUUGCUGCUCGAGUUUCUCAAGAAAUGGGUGUCAAACUUGGGCAUGAGGUCGGUUAUUCUAUUCGCUUUGAGGAUUGCACUUCAGAAAAGACUGUAUUGAAAUAUAUGACAGAUGGUAUGCUGUUGCGAGAAUUGCUUGGUGAACCUGAUCUUGCAAGCUACAGUGUGAUAAUGGUGGAUGAGGCUCAUGAAAGAACUGUGUCAACUGAUAUUCUUUUCGGAUUAGUGAAGGAUAUAGCACGGUUUAGAAAGGAUAUCAAAUUACUUAUUUCAAGUGCAACACUUGAUGCGGAGAAGUUCAGUGAUUUUUUUGAUUCUGCUCCAAUUUUCAAAAUUCCAGGGAGACGUUAUCCUGUUGAGAUACACUACACAAAAGCACCAGAAGCUGAUUACUUGGAUGCUGCAAUUGUUACUGUACUUCAAAUCCAUGUGUCACAGCCACCUGGAGAUAUUUUGGUUUUUCUCACUGGUCAAGAAGAAAUUGAGACAGCAGAAGAAAUUUUGAAGCAUAGAGUAAGAGGUUUUGGGACAAAAAUUGCAGAACUUAUUAUCUGUCCUAUAUAUGCCAACCUUCCAACUGAGCUUCAAGCCAAAAUAUUUGAACCUACUCCUGAAGGUGCACGCAAGGUAGUCCUGGCAACAAAUAUUGCAGAAACAUCAUUAACAAUUGAUGGGAUUAAGUAUGUCAUUGAUCCCGGUUUUUGCAAGAUGAAAUCUUAUAAUCCAAGGACUGGGAUGGAGUCUUUGCUGGUAAGUCCCAUCUCUAAAGCUUCAGCAAAUCAACGUGCUGGUCGGUCUGGGCGAACAGGUCCUGGAAAGUGUUUUCGCUUGUACACUGCCUACAAUUAUUAUACAGAAUUGGAUGACAAUACACCACCAGAGAUACAACGGACCAACCUUGCCAGUGUUGUUCUUUCUUUGAAGAGUCUUGGAAUUCAUGAUUUGUUAAAUUUUGAUUUUAUGGAUCCACCACCAGCUGAGGCUCUACUGAAAGCAUUGGAACUUUUGUUUGCAUUGAGUGCAUUAAAUAAACUUGGAGAGUUGACUAAAGUUGGUAGGCGAAUGGCAGAGUUCCCUCUUGAUCCUAUGCUAUCCAAAAUGAUAGUUGCUUCCGACAAGUACAAGUGUUCAGAUGAGGUUAUUUCCGUUGCUGCCAUGCUUUCUGUGGGGAAUUCAAUCUUCUACCGUCCAAAGGACAAACAAGUUCAUGCUGAUAAUGCAAGGAUGAAUUUUCAUACUGGCAAUGUGGGUGACCAUAUUGCUUUAAUGAAGGUUUACAACUCUUGGAGGGAAACAAAUUACUCAACACAAUGGUGUUAUGAAAAUUAUAUUCAGGUCAGGAGCAUGAAGCGUGCCAGAGACAUUAGAGAUCAAUUAGAGGGUCUUCUGGAGAGAGUUGAAAUUGAACUAACAUCCAGUUCAAAUGAUUUAGAGGCUAUAAAGAAGGCCAUAACAUCUGGAUUUUUCCCUCAUUCAGCAAGGUUGCAGAAAAAUGGUUCUUACCGGACUGUGAAGCAUCCACAGACCGUCUACAUACAUCCAAGCUCAGGGUUGGCACAAGCGCUACCAAGAUGGGUUGUAUACCAUGAAUUGGUUCUUACCACCAAGGAAUAUAUGAGACAGGUAACUGAACUGAAACCAGAAUGGUUGGUGGAAAUAGCCCCGCAUUACUACCAGAUGAAGGAUGUUGAAGAUGCUGGAUCAAAGAAAAUGCCAAAGGGACAGGGGCGUGCAGCAGAGCAACCAUUGGCUUCUGCUAUGUCUUGAGAGGGGCGUGAUUGCUUUGGUCUGUUGGUAGAGUACUGGAGUCUUAGUUCUAGAGAUCAGGAUCAAAUCCUGACAGUCUCAAAUACCAAAAACAGAAAAGAACAAAAAAAGGAGAACAAUUUGGUGUGCACAGCUUGUUUUGGGACACAAGUUCUUGAGGACAACUGUAAAUACAAUUUUGUAGGAAUUAGCUCCAUCAAUUUAUCAUCAUAGUUAAAACAAGCUAACAUCUUAUUGUAGAUGAUUCUGUUGUAUAACGCGAUUAUGAUAGUAAAUUCCCAAUUUGGGAUAAAAGAGUCAAUGUAAUGUUUUCUUUGCUGGUUUUAUUUUGUAAAAAUUUCAUGGGAUAUGGAUUGCCAGAUUGCCAUGUUUCAUCACCAUGCUUUGUUCAUCUUUGAUUUCAACCUUUGCCUACUGUGAUAAUUGUGGUUGGGCUUUUGUCACUUUUGGGUGUGUGCUUUUGAAUCCUAUCUUCCUGGUUGUUGGUCUUCCUCAAAAGCCAGUAUUCAGUGUAAGCUCGUAGAUUUUUUUGGUCUUUCAUGUUUAGCAGCGGCUACAUCCUUUGUUUCUGGUCCAAAUUUCUCUUGUUAGUGACACACUCAGCCAAGUUUGAUGACCAUUUGAUUCAAACACAAGCAAUAUUUCUGUUACUAUUGCUGUAGGUGGCCAACAUUAUUUAGCUCAAGUAAUCAAGUUUCUUGGGCAAAUAAUCACAGAUUGC